UUCAUGGUCACACCCUAAACAGCGUCAGUAAAUCAACACAUUGUUCAGAGAUCGCAGCCGCGGCCGGUGUUGAUCCACAUCACGGGCAGGGAAUCAUGGCUGCAAAACAAGAGGCUGAAGAAACUGUUUCUCAAGAGCUGCACUGCCCCUCUGAGCUGCGGAUUGUGCUGUUUGGGAGAAGCAAGUCUGGGAAUAGUUCAUCUGGAAACACCAUCUUGAGCAGAGAGGAAGGGAGAUCUGGAAUCAGCUUCUCUGAAAGAACGAGGGAGUGUGAGAAGAGAACAGGGGAAGUGGCUGGGAGACGGGUCACUGUGGUCGAUACUCCAGACUUGUUAGACACAGACCUGGUCGAAAUUGAGAGAUGUGUUUCUCUGUCUGCCCCAGGACCCCACGCUUUCCUCCUGGUGAUACCGGUGUAUCCAAAAGACGUUAUUGACACUCACAGUGAGUUUAUAGUAGAAAGGUAUUGCGAAGCCUUUGACAAAGUGCAGGAGCUGUUUGGUGAGAGAGCUGUGAGGAACAUGAUGGUCCUUUUCAACUGCGGGGAUCUUCUAAAAGGCAGGACGAUUGAGCAAUACAUCGAGGAAGCUGGUGAGGAGCUUCAGCAGCUUGUUGAGAAAUGUGGGAACAGGUAUCAUGUUCUCAACAAUAGGAAGAGGAGCGAUCGCACUCAGGUCACACAGCUCCUGGACAAGAUUGACAACAUAGUGAUGGGAAGUGGAGGCUGCUACACCAUGCAGAUGUACUCAGAGGCAAAAGAAAGGGCCAGAGAAGUGAUAAUAAGGAAAAAGAGAGAUGAGCAGAUUGACAGGGUGGGUUAUGAAAAGAGCAAAUUGCUAGAGGAGAGGCCAGGAGAGCUGGAGCUCCAACUGGAGCUGAGGAGAGAGAGGGAGAAAUCCAGAGUGCUGGAGAGGGAGCUGAAGAGAGCAAAAGAGGGGGAGCAAGAGCUGAAGAAAGAGAGGGAGAAAAGGAGAGAGCUGGAGGAGGAGAUUAAGAAAGAGAUGGAGAAAAGCAGAGAGCUAGAGGAGGAGCUGGGGAGGGAGAGAGAGAAAAGGAAAGAACUGGAAGAGCAGCUGAGAAGAGAGAGAGAGGAGAGAGAAAAGGGGGAGCAGAAGAGAAAGUUGAGCUGUCAGAAAAAUGAAAAGCCACCUGUAAAUAAAUAUCUAAGACCAUUAGUAGUAUUUACUGGAGGAUCAAUAGGGGCAGCAGUAGUAGGGGCAGUAGCUGGAGCUGUAUCGGGGCCAAAGGGAGCUGCAGCCGGAGUGGUUAUAGGAGCUAUACUAGGAGCAGCAGUAGGAGCAACAUUAGGAAGAGUGACAGAAGGUGAGGUAGGAACAGAGGCAGUAAAAGAGACGUACAAAACACAGACAGAUUGUGCACAUGCACAGAUCCUGGCUGAAAGGCGUUCUGUUCACCUGGCGUAUCGCCUGGCUCGGUGGGGAAUCAUGGCUGCAGAACAAGAGGCUGAACAAACUGUUUCUGAAGAGCUGCACAGCCCCUCUGAGCUGAGGAUCGUGCUGCUUGGGGGAAGCACCUACGGUAAGGCUGGGAAGAGUUCAUCAGGAAACACCAUCCUGGGCAGAGAGGCGUUUAGAUAUGGUAUCAGCUUCUCUGAAAGAACGAGGGAGUGUGAGAAGAGAACAGGAGAUAUGGCUGGGAGACGGGUCACUGUUGUCGACACUCCAGACUUGUUAUACACACACCGGGUCGAGAUUGAGAGAUGUGUUUCUCUGUCUGCCCCAGGACCCCACGCUUUCCUCCUAGUGAUGCCGGUGUGUCCAAAAGAAAUUAUUGAUGCUCACAGUAAGCUUAUAGUAGAACAAUAUUGCAAAGCCUUUAAUAAAGUCCAACAGCUGUUCGGUGAGAGAGCUGUGAGGAACACAAUGAUCCUUUUCACCUUCGGGGAUGACCUGAGAGGCAGGACGAUUGAGCAGCACAUCAAGGAAGCUGGUGAAGAGUUCCAUCAGCGUGUUGAGAAAUGUAGGACCAGGUAUCAUGUUCUCAACAAUAAGAAGAGGAGCGAUCACACUCAGGUCACACAGCUUCUGGACAAGAUAGACAGCAUGGUGAAGGGAAGUGGAGGCUGCUACCUCCCAAAUGAGAUUUACCAGCAGGUAAAAGAAAGGAUUAGACUAAAGGAACAGGAGCUGAAUGAGAAACACAAAGAGGAACUUAGCAGGAAAGAGGAGAUGAAACACAAAUAUGAGGAGGAACAGUGUAGGAGAAAAACCUUAUUUCCUUGCCAGCCUCGCAUACCCUCAUUUAAGAAGCGGAUCGUUAAAGCGCCACUGAGAGAGAUGGAAAGUGCAGGUUUUGAUCCAGAAGCCGGACAAAGAAUCAUGGCUGCAGAACAAGAGGCUGAAGAAACUGUUUCUCAAGAGCUGCACAGCCCCUCUGAGCUGAGGAUCGUGCUGCUUGGGAGACACUUGUCUGGGAAAAGUGCAUCAGGGAACACCAUCCUGGGCAGAGAGGAGUUUAGAUCUGGAUGCAGCUCCUAUACCAGAACAAAGGAGUGUGAGAAGAGAACAGGAGAAGUGGCUGGGAGACGGGUCACUGUAGUCGACACUCCAGACACAGACCAGCUCGAGAUUGAGAGACGUGUUUCUCUGUCUGCCCCUGGACCCCACGCUUUCCUCCUGGUGAUACAGGUGCAUUCAAAAGAAAUGAUUGACACCCGCACUGCACUGUGGAAGUCUCUAGUUAAACAGGAUUGCAAAGACUUGGAUGAAGUCCAGGAGCUGUUUGGUGAGAGAGCUGUGAGGAACACGAUGAUCCUUUUCACCUUUGGGGAUUAUCUAGAAGGCAAGACAAUUGAGCAGCACAUUGAGGAAGCCGGUGAGGAGCGCCAGCAGCUUGUUGAGAAAUGUGGUAACAGGUAUCAUGUUCUCAAUAAUAAGAACAGGAGCGAUCGCACUCAGGUCACACAGCUCCUGGACAAGAUAGACAACAUGGUGAAGGGAAGUGGAGGCUGCUACACCAUGGAGAUGUACUCAGAGGCAGAACAAAGGGUCAGAGAAAUGAAGCUAAGGAGGAAGAGAGAUGAGCAGAUUGAAAAGAGCAAACUGCUGAAAGAGAGUCCAGGAACACUGGAGCUACAAUUGGAGCUGAGGAGAGAGAGGAAGAAAUCCAGAGAGCUGGAGAGGGAGCUGGAGCAAGAGCUGAAGAACGAGAGGGAGAAAAUAAGAGAGCUGGAGGAGGAGCUGACAAGAGAGAUAGAAAAGGAGAGAGAGAGGAGAGAGAAAAAGGGAAGCUGAGGAGAUAAAGAGGGGCGGACAUAAGAAAAGCAAAAAUGACUGUUAAAUUUGAAAUUGAAGACCAGGAGGAUUAGGAACAGUGUUUUAAUAUAUACAUUACUGAAAAAAAAAACAACGUCCAUAGUUUACUUCUGUACAAUACAAGGCAUUUAGCUAAUGAUGCAUCACCUUAGGUUGUUUCAAUGAGUCUCUUUCCUUGGCCUUGUGAAGGAAACACCAACAAUUUAUAAUGUAUUUGAUUUUUUUUUUUAAGUAACAUUUUCUUUGACAAAAUAAACCUGAAAUAUUUACUGCAAGCCUGUCUUUUCUCCAUA